AUGGCGGACGAGGAGGUCCAAGCUCUCGUCGUGGACAACGGGUCCGGAAAUGUGAAGGCCGGAGUUGCAGGUGAUGAUGCGCCUCGCGCAGUGUUCCCUUCGAUUGUUGGCCGCCCCAAAAACCCUGGUAUCAUGGUUGGAAUGGAAGAGAAGGACUGCUAUGUGGGUGAUGAGGCCCAAAGCAAGAGAGGUAUCCUUUCUCUGAAGUACCCCAUCGAGCACGGUAUUGUAACCAACUGGGAUGACAUGGAGAAGAUAUGGCACCACACUUUCUACAAUGAGUUGCGUGUCGCACCAGAAGAGCACCCUGUUCUCCUUACUGAAGCACCCCUUAACCCAAAGGCAAAUCGUGAACGCAUGACGCAGAUCAUGUUCGAGACCUUUAACGUUCCCGCGAUGUAUGUCGCCAUCCAGGCCGUGCUCUCCCUGUACUCCUCGGGUCGUACAACAGGUAUCGUCCUUGAUUCUGGUGAUGGUGUCUCCCAUACUGUCCCUAUCUAUGAGGGUUAUUCUCUGCCUCAUGCUAUGAUGCGGUUGGACCUUGCCGGUCGUGACUUGACUGAGUACAUGAUGACCAUCCUUCAUGAACGUGGAUAUGGCUUCACCACCACAGCUGAGAAGGAAAUUGUGCGCGACAUCAAGGAGAAGCUGUGCUACAUUGCUCUGGACUUCGAUGAGGAGAUGAAGAAUGCCGAGGACUCGAGUGACAUCGAAAAGUCAUAUGAGUUGCCUGAUGGCAACAUCAUCACUGUUGGCAACGAGCGUUUCCGGUGCCCGGAGGCUCUGUUCCAGCCGACGUUUUUGGGCAAGGAGGCAUCAGGUGUUCACCGCACCACGUUCGACUCAAUCAUGAAAUGCGACGUGGACAUCAGGAAAGACCUAUACGGCAACGUUGUGCUGUCCGGCGGUACCACCAUGUACGAAGGGAUUGGCGAGCGUCUUACAAAGGAGCUAACCUCCUUGGCCCCGUCGACGAUGAAAAUCAAGGUGGUCGCUCCGCCUGAGCGCAAGUACUCUGUCUGGAUUGGUGGGUCCAUCCUUUCCUCCCUCUCCACUUUCCAGCAGAUGUGGAUUACGAAGGAGGAGUAUGAUGAAUCUGGACCUAGCAUCGUCCACCGCAAGUGCUUCUAA